AUGCAGCAUCUCCUCCGAAGAAUGUCAACUGCAACCACAAGUGCCGCGGAGUACGAUGUGAAAGCAUUGUUGACGCUGAAAGACCUCUACGGAGACCUGGCGCAGAUUCCACUUCCGAGUCAAGGUCGUAUCGAUAAGAAGACGGGAGAUGACUUGAUUAAGGUGACAACGACAUGGGAUAAUCGGGCGAUGCAGCUGAACAUGCCGACUCGUCAGCAGAGAGUCAGUCUGAUUGGAAGCAAGGGACCAGAAGUCACCGAUCGAUAUCUGAUGGCGUCGGUCUCGUUGCCGCUUUGCAAUUAUGAAAAUCAACGGAGCACAUAUUCUCAUUCAAACUCUCGUGUUGCUCAACUUCUCACCACUGGCAAAGGCGACGAUAGGAAGCAAUACUUGAAGAUUUACAAUCUCGAUGAGCACGUCGAGGAGCUUUGCACCGACCUGACAACCCAGAAGAAGCAUGGAAUUAUCCAUGGCGGAGGUUGUCUUCCAUUCGGUUGCCUCCAUUUCUCACAUGGCGAGGGUCAUGUGAUGUAUGUUGCUGAACGGCUCGCCAAGGCUUCCCAAUACUUUGAUGCGGAUAUCGAGUGGGAUAAUGAGACGAAGGUGUUCGAGAGCAAAGUGGGAAAGAAGUUCGAGCUUCUGGAGUCGUGGGGAGAGCAGAAUCAGGAGGUGAAGCGUCCGGUGAUCUGCACAGUAGACCGGUCGAGUGGACAAGUCACUGUCUAUGAUCAAAUCCCGUCUCAUAUCUCACCGUGCUACGCUAAAUGGGCGCCGGAAGAUUCUGGAAUUGUGUUCUUCGGACUGGAAGAGGGCGACACGCCAAGACUCGGUAGAAUCUACUGCAACAAUCGCAAGGGAUCCGUCUAUUACUACGAUAUCAAGUCGGGAGAAUUGACAAAGAUCAGCGAGGGAGACAUCUCGGCGGAAGACUUGCAAUUCUCUCCCGAUGGAAAUACUCUUGUUUGGUUCCAGCGGGCUGCUGACGGUCCACAUCAAGCAGUUCUGGAGAUGGUUGCCAUUGAUUGGCCGAUGAAGGGAACUGUUGAGAAGAGAGUUGUCGUCCCGAUUGUUACCGAGAAAAGAUCGGCGAAUGAGUUCCAAGGGUUCAGUUUUCCACAAACAGUCGCCCGCUCGUGGUCCGCUGACUCCAAACGCCUCAUUCUAUCGACUGCUUGGUGCAGCAAGCUCGAGUUGAUUUCAGCCAACGUCGCUAGCGGAGAGAUUGAGAAGCUCAGCAAUAAUGGGAUUUGUCUCGGAUCUUGGUCACUUCUUGAUGUUGUCGAUGAUGAGAUUCUUGCUACUGUUUCAGCACCAAAUCGCCCACCAAACGUGCUUCUCGGCCGACUUCCAGAGGUUGGAAAGGCUGAAGAGAUGGUAUGGGUAAGAAUCGAUGAGGCGAAAGCUAUCGACUCUCGUCGUCACCUCUUCGAAUUCUCGUGGGAGUUUGUGAAUUUCGAACGAGAUGGAGCCACUUACGAGGGUAUUCUCAUGAUUCCAAACGAGGGAAACAACCUUCCGAUGGUCGUCAAUCCACAUGGAGGACCACACGGAGCAUCGUGGGCUGUGUGGCCACGUCGUGAUUUGACGACACUUCUCAAUUCGGGAUACGCUGUGCUUCAAGUGAAUUUCCGUGGAUCCGUCGGGUUCGGAGACGAUUUCAUUCGUGCUCUUCCGGGAAAUUGUGGAGAUAUGGAUGUGAAGGAUUGUCAUAACGCCGUCCUCUCUGUCUUGGCAAAACAACCAAGAAUCUCCAAAGACAAGAUUGUUCUUUUCGGAGGGUCUCAUGGAGGAUUCCUUGUUUCUCAUUUGAUUGGACAAUAUCCUGGUUUCUACAAGAGCUGCGUCGCUUUGAAUCCAGUCGUCAACGUCGCCACAAUGCACGACAUCACCGACAUUCCCGAGUGGUGUUUCUUCGAGGGAACCGGUGAAAUGGCUGACUGGACGAAGACAACGACCACCGAGCAACGAGAGAAAAUGUUCUUGUCGUCUCCAAUGGCUCACGUUGAGAAUGCAGUCACUCCAUACCUUCUGCUCAUCGGCGAGAAGGAUCUUCGUGUCGUUCCUCACUACAGAGCAUUCAUCCGAUCGUUGAAGGCUCGUGGUGUCCCGUGCAAAGUGCUCACCUAUCCACCAUCCAACCAUCCACUCGACGAGGUCAAUGUUGAAGCCGACUACUCCAUCAACAUGGUCCGCUGGUUCGAGAAGUCUCUCUCCAAGUAA